AUGUUUAAAAAUGAUAAACCCGUUAUUAUUGAUGAUCAAUAUCUGCUAACAUCACUUUAUUAUACUGGUAGAAACUCUGUUUACUAUAAUGCAGUGUUAACUAAGGAUGAUCAAAAAAGUGGUGACAUACUAGUAUAAAUAGUUACUAAUCAGUCAUAAUGUUAUUGCAGAUUAUAUAAAAAGACUAGUGACAAUGGUAUCACUCCUAAAAUUCAUCAAUUUGGAAUUCUCAAAGUAGGAGAAACAUCUUAUCAUUAUAUUGUACAAUAGAAAGCAGGACCUUCAUUUAAAUUGUGUUUUUAACUAAUGAAGCGAAAGUUUUCAAUUUCGACUAUUGCUUUGGUUGCAUUAAAAAUGAUCACUCAUCUCUAAUAAUUGCAUUCUUUGAAUAUAAUUCAUAGAUGCUUAAAACUAUCCAAUUUAAUUAGCACUCUUUAAUCAGAAAUAUAUUUCACCCACUUUGAAUAUUCAUCAAAAUAUAUGGAUAAAAAUGGGAAAAUCUUAAUAAAAUAAAAGAAUAAACUCAACUUGUAUAUUAAUAAAUUCUCAUCCAUAGGCACUCAUUUAUAACAAUUUCCUUGUCCAAGAGAUGACUUAGAGUCCUUGUUCUAUAUUUUGUUACAUAUCAUUACCUUAGGAAAAUUUUUGCAUUCCCAACCAAAUGUGGAACGAUAGGAAAAACUCAAAUAUUAUUAUGAAAUUAAACAAAGAUUUGUUCCUGAAAGAGAAUUAAAGGGAUUUCCAGAACAGUUCCUAUAAUUGUACCAUGGAAUAAGAUUACUUUAACCUCACGAAUUUCCAAAUUAUGAUUAAUUGAAAUAACCAUUUUUUCAAUUAUUAGGCUAACAUGACCUACAAUUACAAUUUGAUUGGAUUCCUUUACUCAAACCUAAAAACAAAAAUAGUAGAUCUCCAAGUCCUAUCAGAAUUAGUAAAUUAAAACAUGCUGGAAGUGUUGGGGAUAUGGCAUUUAUUUCAUAACAAAAAAAGGAUGAUUCAAUUUUAGAUUCUGUGUCUCCUUAAAAAUAAGGAAAACCUACAAUGAAACAUUUUGUAUAUUCAACAAAUAAGAAUGCAACAGAAAGAUAAUUACCAGCAAUAUCAGAGGGCAAAGAAGGAACUUCAAAUUCUAUAUUUGAAAAAAAUUAAAACUAGAAAAAAAUGGGAGGACUUUCAAUUAUCAUUUGUAAGUAAUAAGUUACAAGUUCUUCAUCUUCAGGUAAUGUGAGUUCAAUGAGUGAUGACCAAUCAGAAGUUGACACAAAACCAUUAAAUGGAAUUAUUAGUAAACUUUAUUUGGAUUGA